GUAUUAACAAACAAGGCAUAAAUGGCUUACUCUAAAACCUUUCUCCUUCUCAGCCUCCUCCUCGCUCUUCUUUACGUCUCCUCUCAUGUCUCGGCUCGUUUACUUGAGGAAAAGAAAAGUGUUGUAAAGAGUGAUGACCAUGAUGAUGAUCACGACCACGGCCUUGGAUACCACUAUGAUGGCCAUGAUCAUGACCAUGAAGAUGAUCAUGACCACGACAAACAUGACCAUGAUGACCACGACGAUCAUGACCAUGAUGACCACGACGAUCAUGACCAUAAUGAUCAUGACAAGGAUGACCACGACGAUCAUGACCAUAAUGAUCAUGACAAGGAUGACCAUGACGAUCAUGACCACGAUGAUCAUGACCAUGAUCACGAUCACGACGCUGAUGUCAAUAGCUUGGAUGAUCACCAUGAACAGCACGACCAUGACCAUGAUCACGAUGAUGACGACCAUGACCACGACCAUGACCAUGAUCACGAUGAUGACGACCACGAUCACGACCAUGACGGCAUUAAAAAUUAGAGACCUAAAAUUAAUACCUUAGCAUGUUGGUAAUAGUAAAGGUAGCGUCACAUGAAAUAAAAUGUUUUUUUUUUUUUUUGAAGUUAAAUUAAAUAAAGCAGUUAGAGAUCAUAUGAUAUGCUAAAUUGUCUGGUUUGUUGUAA